AUGGGAAUCCCAGCCCCUACGGUUCAUGCCCGUCAGCCUCAGCUCGCUGGUGUGGACCAACUGUGGCCUGGGAAGAGCAGCAAAUUCCUCUACCAUCCAAUGGGCAACAGCUAUCCUAAAAAGGCUGGGUCCCAGUCUCGGGGAGGGCCUCCUUCCUUGGCUCCCCGCCUGCUGGGGCUUGCCCUGGGCUCCGGGAAGCGCUGGGGCUGUGCUGCAGCUGGUUCUCGUUCCUGGAAAGCUGCUCUCUGCCCAGUAACAUGCGGUUUUAGGAUCGUCAGCUGCGGCCGCGCAGUCCUGGGCUCUCCGGGGCGGCACUCCGCCUGCUCCGCGCGGGGCUCCUCUCAGCACCCCGGCGUGCACGCUGCAGCCCGGUGCUUCCAGCAGCUGCUGGAUGAUGGAGCAGAAGCGACGGGCUUGUGGUUAACCGUGAAGGGCGAGCGAGAGCCGCUUGUCUUCGGAGCCAGAGAGGGGAGGUGUGUCCCGGGAGAAAGGACCCUGGCAAGAUUCCUGCAGCCGCUCCAACCCUCGCGUCCUUCUUCACUUCUUGUCACUCUGGCAUUGCCGGCUCUUGACUUGGGAAAGAUGGUCACAGUAGUCACCAAGCUGGUGUACUGCUUUCACUUCAGGUUGGCUUGUGGCAGAUUUCCCCAUUGUUUUGUGUUUACCAAAAUACAGAGAUUGAGGCUGGCCAAUGAUUAA